UCGUCCACAGCACUCCACCGACCACCAGCCCAGCGCGCGGUACGCUCACACCGAACGGACGCCGUAGCCGCCGCCACCGACUGCUGCGUCGCAGUGUCGUCCUCGUGACUUUUCCCCCGCGCGCGUUUCUCGUUACGUGGCCGUCGCCGUCACAUAUUAUCGUCAGUACUCAGUUGCGGCGCAAUUAGUGUGCACUCGUGACGUGAGCGUUUCGUCGCGUGUUUCUGUCUGGUGUGUGUGUGUUGUGGUUUAUCCGCGAUUUAAUUUUGUUAAAAUAAUGUGUACAUGUAUGCAGUUCAACAUAUUUUAAAAACAUACACCGUUUAUAAUAUAUGUACGAUGCGUAUAUAAUUAUUACUUUUCCGUGUUUGAAUAAUAUUGAAACUUUUUUUUUUAUUUUAAAAACGUUUUUUUUUUUUUCAUUGUAAAUAUUUGUUUUCCCUCUGCUUACACUCUGUCGUACUUGGCUUAGGUAAAACACGUUAACCGGUUUCCCGCGUGAGCUUAAUCUUUUGCAUACAAGUGUACGUACUCCGUCCGUCGUUUUGAAAAAGAAAAGAGACGUACGUCUUGAGAGCCAUCAUGGAUUAUGGUUUGGAGCCGCUGCAGAGGGCCAGGUCCAACACUUGGCCCUUGCCCAGACCGGACGCCGAGGACGGCGGGCCCCAGAUGCCUGAGGGCAGCCCUCCGCAGUUGUUGGACAUUAUAAACGACGUGGGUGCAAACGGCAGCAGUAGCGGUACCGUUGGCGGCGUGCCGUCGCCGGGCUCAGGGCUGCACCCGCCGCAACAGCAGCAGGGUGGUGGCAUGGUCACCGGGCCGGUCAAGAAGACGUCCAGCCGGCGGAACGCCUGGGGUAACCAGUCGUACGCGGACCUCAUCACGCAGGCCAUCAGCUCGGUGCCGGAACAGCGGCUCACGCUGUCGCAGAUCUACGAGUGGAUGGUGCAGAACGUACCGUAUUUCAAGGACAAGGGUGACAGCAACAGUUCGGCUGGAUGGAAGAACUCUAUACGUCACAAUCUGUCACUUCACAGUCGGUUCGAGAAGAUCCAAAACGAGGGCACCGGCAAGUCGUCGUGGUGGCAGAUAAACCACAACGCGAGCCGGACGACCGGCAAGUCCAGGCGCCGCGCAGUGUCCAUGGAGACGCCCAAAUUUGAGAAGAAGCGUGGGCGAGUUAAGAAGGUCGUCGAGGCCAUUCGCAACGGUCUGCAUCCCGAAAACACGCCUAGUCCUAGCUCUUCGAUUUCCGAAAACUCCGACAUGAUACCCGUGUCACCCCUCAGGGGAUACCAAUUCAGUCCCGACUUCAGAGCACGGGCUUCGUCAAACGCUUCGUCUACUGGCCGUCUGUCACCGAUAUUCAGCGAGCAGCUCAGCACCGCCGACUACGGCCUGGACUCGGUGGCCGAACAGGGCCAGGCCGACCAGCUGGCCGGCUCGCUGGCACAGGCCGUCCGGCUUUCUCAGCCGCUACAGACGCUUGAAAGCUACAGAGACGUGUUCUUGGAUAACCGUCCACCCCCGCCGCCGUACAGUAGCUUAUCGAUCCAGUCGUGUUCUAUCCACGGUUACCAAGGGUGUUCGUGUUUCAACCUCAAUCAGCUCCAGAACACUUACAUAAAACAGGAGUGUAUAUCGUUCGACAACAUGUUGAACGACCAGCAGGAUGACAACAUCCCGGCCACCGUGGUCGGACAAAUAAUGGGCACGUCACAUUUGUCAUUCGAUGAGCUCAACAUAAACUUGGACAAAUUCCCACCGGUCGAGUGCAACGUGGACGAGGUGAUCAGCCAUGAAGUUAGUCUGGGCGGCUGCUUGGACUUCAACAACUUCAAUCCACCGGCACAACCGCAACCGUCGGUAGCCACCACGCAGACACUGGCGUCCGUCAGUCACGACCAAUCGUCGUUCACCUCCGGACACCAUUGGGUCCAUUGAACAGUUGAAACAAAUGUCUGUGUUCUAUGGGAAAUAUUAAAGACAAAUCUAUGAAAGUGUUUUAAUUAUGUCACCCAGAUAAUUCAUGUUAAUUUUCGAUGUUAUAAUCAUUAUAAAUAAUAAUACAUAAAAUAUUGUUAUUAAAUUAUAUAUACAUAAAAAAAAAUGUGUUCGUUUUAAAGUAACAACUAUUUUAUACAUUCUACUAUACACAUAUUUGCUAUGCUAGGUUAAUAUUAUAUUUUAUUACAUGUACAUGUUGAAAUAUAUUACUUGUAUAAACCCAUAUAUUAUAUAAGAGGUAUAUAAUUUGUUAAAAUUAGUCUAAUAUUUGUUGUAGUUUUAAAGUUCAUGUAAUAGUUAGAUAUAUAAUAUUGUUAUUUAGAUAAUUCAAUGUUAAAUACUUAUUCAUUAAAAAAUAUGUUUUGAGUUAGUUUGUUAUAGCUUGAGCGAUUCCAAGUUUUAACUAUAAUAAAAAAAUCUUAAGUUAACUCUUUAUUCUAAGUAUUGUAAAUAGGUUUGCUCAGAAAAAAAAACUUUAGCCCACAUCCACAUUAUUAUUAAUUUAUACAUAGAUACACAUGUUUGAUUAACAAAAAUGUCUGCUACACUCUGUGUAUGCAAUUCAAGGACAAUUUCCAUUUACUUACUCAGAAUCAUAUAUUUAUACCUUAUUUGAGUUAAUCUUGUUAAAUUUACAUAAACAGACACACAUAUAUAAACGUGCAUGCAUGAUCACGUAUGGGUGUGUUUUUGUAUAUAUAUAUAUAUAUAUAUAUAUAUAAGUAUAUUGUGUAUGUUAUCACUUAUCUUAGAGCUGAGUAAUAAAGACUGAUUGUCUUUGAAAUGA